UAAUUUUUUUAUUCAUCAAAAGUCAUAACUCAAAGCACUAUUUAUUAAUUUGUUGUGAGAAAAAAAAUAUUGUUAAAUAACUAACAGAUUCGACAUAUUAACUAAGCAAACAAGAGGCCAUAGGCAUGUGCAUGCACGGCACAGCCAAAAAGGGAGCCUAGCCGCCAUUGCCGCCGUCUGCACUGCAGCAAUGGCGAGAAGAGAAAGCAGCAAAGCCUCGCCACUUGCAGUGCCCGGGCCGACCACACCACCACCACCAUCAUCACCUCCUUCCUCUCCCUCCCCUCCCCUCCCCUGGCCCUGCUCCUGCGCGCGCGCUCUCCACUCCACAGAGCUCACUCCUCAUGUCGUCCACCACCACCACCCUCCUCCUCCUCCAUCAUGACCUUCACCAGUGCGCCACCACCUUUCUCCCUCCAUUUUACCACGCCCUCGCCUUUCUCCUUCAUGCCACCACAGCAUGGCCACCACGGGCAUCUCCUCGCCGCCGCGGCCGCUCCCGCUCCCGCUCCACGGCGGCCUCCUACUCCUGCUGCCUCUGAUCCUGACCAUCACCACCGCCGCGUCCUCAGCUCCGCUGCCGCUCCUCGCGCUGCUCUCCCUCAAGUCCUCCCUCCACGACCCGUCCGGCGCGCUGCGGCCCUGGACGUACGCGGCCGCGGCGUCGGCGGGCGCGACGCGUUCUCUGGCCCCGCCGUGGUGCGCGUGGCCGGGCGUGUCCUGCGACCCGGCCACGGGGGACAUCGCGGCGCUCGACCUCUCCCGCCGCAACCUCUCCGGCGCAUUCUCCGCCACCGCCGCCAGGCUGCUGGCGCCCACGCUGACGUCGCUCAACCUCAGCGGGAACGCGUUCACCGGGGAGUUUCCGGCCGCGGCGGUGUUCUUCCAGCUCCGGCGGCUUGAGUCGCUCGACGUCAGCCACAACUUCUUCAACGGCACGUUCCCCGACGGCGUCGACGCGCUCGGCGGAUCGCUCGCGGCCUUCGACGCCUACAGCAACUGCUUCGUCGGCCCGCUGCCGCGCGGCCUCGGCGAGCUCCGGCGGCUCCAGCUGCUCAACCUCGGCGGCAGCUUCUUCAACGGGAGCGUCCCGGCCGAGAUCGGACAGCUCCGUUCUCUACGGUUCCUGAACCUCGCCGGGAACGCGUUGACCGGGCGGCUCCCGUCGGAGCUCGGCGGCCUCGCGUCGCUCGAGCAGCUCGAGAUCGGGUACAACUCCUACGACGGCGGCGUUCCCGCGGAGCUCGGCAACCUGACGCGGCUCCAGUACCUGGACAUCGCCGUCGCCAACCUGUCUGGUCCGCUGCCGCCGGAGCUCGGCGACCUCGCGCGGCUCGAGAAGCUCUUCCUGUUCAAGAACCGGCUCGCCGGUGCCAUACCGCCGCGGUGGUCUCGCCUCCGCGCGCUGCAGGCUCUUGACCUGUCGGAUAACCUGCUCGCCGGAGCCAUCCCGGCGGGGCUCGGGGAUCUCGCCAACCUCACCAUGCUGAACCUCAUGAGCAACUUCCUCUCCGGCCCGAUCCCGGCGGCGAUCGGCGCGCUGCCGAGCCUCGAGGUGCUGCAGCUUUGGAACAACUCGCUCACCGGACGGUUGCCGGCGUCGCUGGGCGCGAGCGGGCGGCUCGUCCGGGUGGACGUGUCGACCAACUCCCUGUCCGGCCCGAUUCCUCCCGGGAUGUGCACCGGCAACCGUCUCGCACGCCUCAUCCUCUUCGACAACCGCUUCGACUCGGCGAUCCCGGCGAGCCUCGCCACCUGCUCGUCGCUCUGGCGAGUCCGCCUGGAAUCCAACCGCCUGUCCGGCGAGAUCCCGGUUGGGUUCGGCGCGAUCCGCAACCUGACAUACCUGGACCUCAGCUCCAACUCGCUCACCGGCGGCAUUCCUGCUGAUCUCGUGGCGUCUCCGAGCCUCGAGUACAUCAACAUCUCCGGCAACCCCGUCGGCGGCGCGCUCCCGAACGUGUCGUGGCAGGCGCCGAACCUGCAGGUCUUCGCGGCGAGCAAGUGCGCGCUCGGCGGCGUGGUCCCGGCGUUCGGCGCCGCGGGGUGUUCGAACCUGUACCGGCUGGAGCUGGCAGGGAAUGACCUCACCGGUGCAAUCCCCAGUGACAUCAGCACCUGCAAGCGGCUGGUGAGCUUGAGGUUGCAGCACAAUCAGCUCACCGGCGAGAUCCCGGCAGAGCUCGCCGCCUUGCCGUCCAUCACCGAGAUCGACCUGUCCUGGAACGAGCUCACCGGCGUCGUCCCGCCGGGCUUCGCCAACUGCACCACGCUGGAGACCUUCGACGUGUCCUUCAACCAUCUGGUGACUGCUGGCUCGCCGUCGGCGUCGUCGUCACCAGGCGCCAGCGAGGGGACCACCGCUCGGCGCAACGCGGCGAUGUGGGUGUCCGCUGUGGCGGUGGCCUUCGCUGGGAUGGUGGUGCUCGCCGUCACCGCACGCUGGCUGCAGUGGCGCGAGGACGGCACAGCCGCGCCGGGCGGCGGCGGUAGUAACGGUGGCGGCGCACGUGCACGACGCCGACCCAACGUCGUCGUCGGGCCGUGGAGGAUGACGGCGUUCCAGAGGCUGGACUUCACCGCCGACGACGUGGCGCGGUGCGUCGAGGGGAGCGACGGCAUCAUCGGCGCCGGGUCGUCCGGGACGGUGUACCGCGCCAAGAUGCCGAACGGCGAGGUCAUCGCGGUGAAGAAGCUGUGGCGGCAGCCGUUGGCGCACAAGGAGGGAGGAGGAGGAGGAGCUCCGGUGGGGCCGCUGAAGGAGCCAGGUGACGCGGACGGCGGCGGAAACAGGAGCAAGCUCGCCGAGGUGGAGGUGCUGGGCCACCUCCGGCACCGGAACAUCGUCCGGCUGCUGGGGUGGUGCACGGACGGCGAGGCGACGCUGCUGCUGUACGAGUACAUGCCGAACGGCAGCCUGGACGACCUCCUGCACGGCGGCGCCGCCGGCGGCAAGGCGAAAGCGUGGCGGCUGGACUGGGACGCGCGGCACCGGAUCGCCGUGGGGGUGGCGCAGGGCGUGAGCUACCUGCACCACGACUGCGUGCCGGCGGUGGCGCACCGCGACCUGAAGCCCAGCAACAUCCUGCUCGACGCCGACAUGGAGGCGCGCGUGGCCGACUUCGGCGUCGCCAAGGCGCUCCACGCCGCCGCCGCGCCCAUGUCCGCCGUCGCCGGCUCCUACGGCUACAUCGCACCGGAGUACACGUACACGCUGAAAGUAGACGAGAAGAGCGACGUGUACAGCUUCGGCGUGGUGCUGCUGGAGAUCCUGACCGGCCGGAGGUCCGUGGAGGCGGAGUACGGCGAGGGGAGCAACAUCGUGGACUGGGUGAGGCGCAAGGUCGCCGCCGGUGGAGCCGGCGACGUGAUGGACGCGGCGGCGUGGACGACGGCGGCGGACCAGCAGCAGACCGGCGGCGGGGCGACGGCGGCGGCGCGGGACGAGAUGGCGCUGGUGCUGCGGGUGGCGCUGCUGUGCACCAGCCGGUGGCCGCAGGAGCGGCCGCCGAUGAGGGACGUCGUGUCCAUGCUGCAGGAGGCCAGGCGUGGGCGGAAGCAGCUCCUGCCCAAGAAGCAGCAAACAAAGAUUAAUUAGCAACGACCACGUGUGUACGUGUAGGUGUAUUGUAUUACUAGUUUAUUAUUACUACUCACUAAACCGUGUACUUUUGUCAUGUAGUCGUGUCAUGUAUAAUGUCUUAGAUCACUGUGUGAGUGAACUGCCGAGACUUUCGGAUAUUUCAAAGCCAGAUCAAGUCGAAAACAUUUCAAUUUUCUUAAA